ACUACAUGUACAAUAUUCUAACCGAUGUCACGAGGCAACAAAAGUAAGUACGUUAAGUCCAUACAUCAUAACAUCACAAUAUCCUGGUGGAGGGGGGGUGAAAGGGAGCGGUAAAACGAAGACGAAGACAUGUCACGCUAUGGAAAUAUGUGUAUGCAUGCGUACGUGUGUGUGUGUGUGUGAGAGAGAGCUCUGCAAUGCAGAGGGGAAAAUUAACAGAGCGGCUCAAACUAUGCGCGUAUCACUCAGUAAAUUUAGUCGAAUAAGACGUGGUUUUCCCAUCGCUGCAAUCCGUCGCCGUAGGCUGUACAGCGUGCACAUACUAUUGUGACUACCAUCUGUACCGUAACACGGGCCCGCAAAUCGCAUGGACGCGACCAAGCUGGAAGCCAAAUGGCCACCCGACAGGAAAUCCACGAUCGAAGCAUCCGAAUUUGGUAUCUACAAGGAGCCUUCCAACAAGAAACGUCUGCGUGGCACUGACAGGGCCACAGGAUGUCUCCUGGUUCUAUCCCUGAUCGCCGCUGCUGCGGUAGCGCUGUACUUCACGUUUUAUAAUUAUACGAUUCCAACAAAUCAAGGUGCAUCUACUGGACCAAUAGUGAGUUACGCAAAAUAUGUAAAAGAAAAAAAUACGAUGACUACUCAAACCGCUAACCGUUCAACAGACGGGCUUCUGGCUGCAGUUCUCGGUAUAAAAAAUUCUGAGAACUACACGACACAUAAUCCAGUGGAUGACGUAGUUAUUUCCAAGAGAAUCGAUGACAAUAAAUUAGAAAACGGUAGAAAAAUGCGACUUUAUCCACAUCUGACACCACAACGGCCGACUUAUUUAUCCUACGACUCAAAUUAUUGGAGAACUAAUUCAAAUAAAAACAAUAAGCUCGAGUAUGCCGAUAGUAUAUACGGGUUCAAUCGAAGAUCGGACUUUCCACAGUUGGCAGCUUAUCGAGCACCAUUCCCACCAAAAAGCAUCCUGGACGUAAUGAAGUACGUAACCGGGUCCCCUCAUAAGGCAAAUAUUCCGGAAUACAUGAUAGCACAAGAAUCCAACCCUCGGUAUUAUCCUAUAAGACCGGCAGAAGAAGUCAACAGAUUCCUCCCGGAUGUAAAUAUGCCAAGUACCAAUUUAAGGAGAUUCCGCAACAAAUUUGGUCCACCAGUAUACUUGACACCACCUACCAUGUCAUUACCGGAUGACUUUAUGAAGCCACCUAACCCAGAAGCCCAUUAUUCAAUGGAUUUUGAGAGAGACGUUCCUUUAGACCUUACGCUACAAGAAGGGUCAGCUAGUAUACCGUCACAUACUGAUGUAAUAUUUCAUCCACCAUCUUUUAACAAUAUUUACCCUAUACCAGAUUCUCCAAAACCAAAAAAAGUUAAAAAUAAAAGAAACAAAAAGCCAAUAAGUGUUAUGUUAGAUAUAUAUCCAUUACCGGAUAACGAACACGAAAACGAACAAGCUGAAGAAGAUGAAGAAGAACAUAAUUCUGAGAUAAUUACUUCGUUAAAAAACAACUUUCAACACUUAGAUCCAAAUAAAUUAAUGUUUCGAUUAAACCUAUUUCCUAAAUUCAGCGAAGGUGGCCGUAGAAUUUCUAAAAGUAUGAAAGACGAAGAACAAGAGAAUCAUAUUAAUCCGAUUAUUCACUUGACAACGUAUAAACCACUGCAAGAUAAAGAAGAAAAUGGAAAAGUACUUGAUUAUGAAUAUUUGUCGGAAUCAAAAAAUAUAGCAAAUAUAUCAAAAACACAAUAAUACUUAACUCAAGAC